UACGUAUACCCCGUUCUUUGUAAUUAAAAUUUUAAUGCGAGAAAUACGAACAUCACUUUGCUGACAUAUGACGACUGUCAGCCGCGGACCACCUGCACUAUGUCCGCGUAGAUUGAACCACUGGCUUAGAGCAUGGAGUGACAUGCCGAGGACGACAUUUCUUUAUUGGGGCGGGGUGUAUAUAUAGUAGGAUGGAAGACAGCACGCACAUACACGCACACAAGGAGGGAGGCUGGCGAUGGGGGGUGGUCGCUGGCCGGGUGACAGCUCCGUGACAGAGGGAGAGCGGGAGAGGUCGGCCAGCAACAGGGUGCAGGAUGUGGUUGGGAGGGGUGGAGGAUGAAGAAAGCGGGGAGAGAGCGAAGUGAGCGGCCGGGCAGUACGUGUUGUCUGGGACUGAUCGGUGUGUGAAAGCACAUUUCAUUGCGAGCUGAGUAGAUAGUGGUAGGUCAACCUGUUACAUAAGUACUGUAUUCGUCUCAACAGCUGUAUGUCAUUCUCAACUCUGCGUAAUGCAUGCGUUCGAUCAUCGAAUGAAUAAAUGCGCGCGCAAUCAUAGGUAUAGCGUUGGAGGGGGAAGGGUCGAUCGCAUGCUCGCCCGUAGAGACAGUAUACGUAUAUGUAUGCAUCACUUGCAGUCACAAAAGUUUUUCUUUAAUGAGCAGGCCAUUUAUGUGUUACUCGCAUAACUAUAUACAACCUAUAUGUAAGCGUACAUUUCAUGUGUCUUUUCUUCGACAGUUAUAAGCACCUUUCGUGCGAGCGUAUGUGUGUGUGUGCGCGUGCGCAAAAUGCUGAUCGAAAGUUUUCUAUUUUUGUAUAGGCGAUAAUUAAGAACGCUCGCGCAACGUACGUGAGUAUAUAGUCAUGUGGUGAGUUGAUUUCACCACUGGCAUUUUGCGAAGGAGACUUUCGAUUAUAUAAAUAUUAAUAAUUGUAGGCUAAUUAACUAUCGCAUAACAUUCAGUUUUCAAAUAAGCGUGAAACUUUGACAUUAUAGUCACAUGAUUUCUGUAAUCCAAUGAAAUAUAACAAUGAAUUUGAGAAACGGCGGACAACUCCUGUCUAAAAAAUUCUAGCUCCAAGAGUGCGAUAUAACGAGAAAAUAUAGGGUUGACUAUCACGGUUUUCGUUUUCAUCUGUUUCCAGGCUGAAGAAUAGAAUAGGUCAUCGUCUCAGUGACAAAUGUAGAUGAGCAGCUUAAAAAUGGAACUACUAAGAGAUUCUUCACUUCUCUCCUCCAUACAAGACAAAGCAUACAGCAAAGGCAGCAGUGAUCAAGAGUGCAUUGAUGAUGUCUGCUAUGCUCUGAUUGCUGGUCAAAAUAAUUCUUCAACAGAAGUCAUAUUAGAUAUUGGAAGUCCUUCCAGAGAGCUUGAAUUUCUAUCCUCUUUGGAUCCUCUGCAUGGAUGGAAUAACCCAUUAACAGGUGAUAAGGACAGAGAUGUUGCUGAUGUACAUGAAGUUGAAACUGUUGAAGAGUGGCAAGACAGGUAUGCAGCUGCAGUGGAUGAAGACCAAAAAGCAUCCAUUAGUCCACUAAAUAUUGUGCAAGGACAAUACAUGCUAUCAGACACUGGACUUAUGAAUAAUCUAGUAAAGUUGCCUGAUGAACAGUUGCUCCCAUGGAAAUACUUUUUUCCCAGAGCUAAUAAACAAAGAAAAUUCUCUUCUAAUGAGAUCAUACCUGCAGCUGCAACAUCUUUUACAGUUAUCCAGUCUUCAGGUCUUGUGCCCCUUGUUAUGAAUAAUUCAACCAAACCAGUUUUAAUUCAGUCCACAGAAGAAGGAAGCUCUGAAGCAUCAUACUUAAAUGAAACCUCAACUUGCGAUGUUGCUACGACUGUGCACAUGAACACUAGUUUUUGUUGUCCUGGUGGAAGAGAUUUUCUUGGAGUGUCAGCCAGCAGUGACAAAACAGUUUUGACAAAAUCUCAGGAUAAAGGGGGACAUUGUAACAGCAGUGUUCAUAAUGCAACCAUCUUCCCUUACUCAGUUAAUUCUGCUUGUCACCUCCAGAAUAAGAAUAUUGCCGAGAAAACAGGUCUUGGAUCUCAGGGUGACAAUGAUGAUCUUGUUUCAAAUGCUAGAUUGGGGACUAAAUCUAGAAAAUCCUUGGAGAAUAGUAGAGGAAAGCCAUCUUCAACACAUAUUUUUGAAUCUAAAAUGGCAAACCCAACAAAACAUAAGUUAUGCCUGGUUGGAGGAGCCAAAGAAGAGUUGAAGAAACGAAGACUCCUGCACUACUUGCUGCCUGUUUUGCCAAAUGAAGCUGAUUCAUCAGCACAAGUCCCCUGCAGCAGUUCUGGAAGCAUAUGCCUGACUACUGGAACUUCAGAUGUAAAUGUCAGAAAUGAAACCAUAGCAGUGCCGUUUAGAGCAGUACAAUACUUUGACAAGGUCUACAUAACAGAGACAGAAUUAAAGAAUUCAGAAGAAGACUUAAUGAAUCGACACUAUGAGAUUGAAAGGGAGAGUAUAGAAAGUGUAAGCAGAGCCAUGUCUAAAGUAACUAAACUAGCAUCACGUUAUGAUGGCCAUGGAAUUCCUGUAAAAGGAAGGAAAGGAAUAUUUUUCUGUAAGAAAAAAGAUUUUAGUAAGAAGACAGUACGACAACUUCUCAUGUCAUGCAGUACUGAACGAGACUUGGAAAAGGAUGACACAAUCAAUUCUCAAAGUACAAAGUAUUUUUCAGAGAAUGAUAAAUGCACACCCAAAGACGCUAGCAAGAUGAGCAGAGGUUUGGCAGAAGGAUCAGCAGCUGUUGAAUCUCAUGAGAACACAUAUUGUUCAGAGAUUUGUACAUUGCCAACCACAGAAGAAUCAGAGAAUUUGAACACCUCCAUGGAAGCUGAUCUCAAUGAAAGAACAGACCCCAGCAUUGCUGGCUCUGGCUGCCUUCCAGUUGUUGAAAAGUGGAGAGACUUGCAUAACACGAUCACAGUGCAGAGCUGUGAAAAGGAAGAACUGUAUAAAAAGCCAUUCAUCUUAAUAGUGCAUGAAUCAUGCCAACAUCCUGGAGACUCAGAAGGUGAUGCAAGUAAGAAUGUGCUUGAUGCAGGAGACCCCACCAGUCUCCAGCUUAAUCAACCAUGUAGUUUCUCAGACGAAUGCCUGGUGAAGGAAAAUGCUGUUGAAAACAAAUCUGUCAUUCAGGUACAGACCCCAUGUGAAGUCUCUAACAUGGCCAGUGUCUGUUCAAGAGAUAGUUGGUUGCAUUCUUCUUUUGCUUCUGAAAAUGGAGCAGCAGAUAGCAGUUACGCAGGAUAUCUUGAUCUGGAUGCGCUUCUUGAUUUUCAGGAUUUGGAUUUAUUCUGUGAGGAAGACAUUUUUGAUAAAGAAAAUGUAAAGGAAAAACCUGAUGGAAAUAAAAUGGCCAGGGAAUUAGAGAUUUUGACUACAGGAAAACAGAAUGGAGCCACUAUUGAAGAAUGUUCUCACAAACCAAGCCAUUUAAGAUAUUCAGGAGCAGAUGACAAAGACUUUAGCUGUAUGAAUGAAACUUUAGCAGUUCAGUUAACAGGUGAUGAUCAGCAUUUUAAGGGAAAUAAAAAAUCACAUGUGCCAGACUUUCUUGAACUUGCUGAUGCCAUCAUGCAGAUAGAAGAAGACCAGUUACAAAAACUACAAGAGUUUGAAUUGCAGCAUUUGGACACAGAUAGUCAGUGCAAGCAUACCCAACCUUUAGUGCCAGAAACACAGGUUCAGGGAGUGCAGAGUGGAUCAGAGCCGAUGAACGUAGAAGUGGAUGAAGCUUUACAUCAUUCCAUAAACAAACAAAAUCAUUUGGAAAAAUCUGAGUAUGUUCAUGAUGCAUGCUUGGGCUCCGCGCUUGAGUUUCACUUAAAUCAAGACAAAGAGCAGCUUACCAAAGACAGUGUUGAAACACAGAGCAAAACUGAUUUGUUCAUUAUCCAGGACUUUUUAGAUCCAGAUAAAGAUCAAGCUGCUUCCUCAUCAUCUUAUAGUGAUCCUCUUGAUGUUUGGAUGGAAGAAAGUUUACCUCCUCUGCCUCCAUGUGCACUGUUUCUCUCAAAGCCUGAGCACCAUGGUAACAGCACAUAUGACUGGCUUGACAUGAACUUUUUGCACAAAACUGCAGAAGAAAAUCCAGGUGAGAGUACCUUCUCCUCUUUGGAUUGUGACUUCUGGACAGCAGAUUGUGAAGAUUGUUUUGUUCAGCAUCUUGAAAAUAUUCCUCAGACACAUGUAGAAAAAAUGGAUUGUGAUGUCAGUGGACUACGUGAACAUGCUUCAGAAAGCAUUUUUCUGCAAGACUCCAGCAACGUCAUUGUUGUGCAUUCUUCUGUGGGUGCAGAACUGUCUCCUGGAAUUGCAACAGCUGAUAGCAAUAGAUGCACAAGCCCCCUGUCUUGUAAUUCUGUAUCUUUGCAGUUACCAUUUUCAGAUUUACCGAUGGAUUUUACUUUUCUCAGGCCUUUAUCUUCACAAUCACCAACUACCAUUUCAAGCUGUGUUUCUAAAGAAGGAGAAGAGUGCAAUUCCAUGUAUAGAGAAGAGGAAAAUUAUAAUGUUGAAAACAUUCAGGGAGUUGAGAAUGCACUUAUAACGCCUAUGACAAAUGAUUCUGUGCCAAAGGUGAGAACACAGGGUUAUAAGACUCCAUUACUCGAUGUGGAUUUGAAGGUAGCUGCGAAUGAAAAUGGCUCUUGCAUGACUAGUGUGGGUGAUGUUUUGCAAUCUGCAGGUUUCAAUAUGAUUGGCACUGAUGGCAUGAAGGAUGAUUCCCAAACAAUAUCUGUGGAGCAUGAAAUUACCUCUGGCAUAACUAGUAUGACUAGUGAUGCUUUGCAUUCGUUGUGCAUGCAGCAUGUUAAAGGCUCAUGUGUUAGCAUGAGUGAAAAAUGUCCUCCCGUUGGCACUGCAAUUUACUCUGCAAAAGUAAUCAACCCUUCAACUGUCAUGAGUGUUGUGUGUCCUGAUUUGACAUCAUCGUCUGCUUUGCAGUCCUUUUCUGCUGAUAAUGGUUCACACCAUGAAAAUACAUGUAGAACAGAAUCUGUGGGACUGAGGCACCCCAAUGACAUAACAGCAACCACAAAAGACUGUUUUGUUACAUCAUACAAUAAAUGUCAGUCUCAUCCAGUCUUAAUCCCGCCCAUUUCUGCCGCAUCCACACUUCCUUCUUCAAGAUCUUUAGCCCAUUCUUUGCCUGUUAAGGAGCCUCUACCAGUGUCUUCUUCAUUUAUUACAUCAUGGUCAUCGUCAGAGUUUCUGGUAAGCCAUGUUCCUCCUUCUCAGUACAACCCUGCCUGCCCAUGCCACCCUCCUAGUACUGUCUGCUAUGGUGGUGGGACAGAUGUUACGGGUAGCUUCCCUUGUGUGCCUUUUCACCCUUCCAUGCUGGACUGUCAGUACCUUUACGCACACCCUCCUGUUCUGGCUUGCCCCUCUGAUCAGAUACAGACCCCAAGUAUCACCGAAUCAGGCUUGUACAGGUAUGAUCCCGCUCCUAGGGACUACCACAUGGUAGAAAUGAAUUCUUUGUCUGCUAACCAGCAUAGAGGCAGGGUGGUUAAUAGAGGGGCUAUACCAACAGAACAGUUUCCCAUUAGAGGCCUGAGCAUAGGCAACUUCUUGUUCUCUGUUGAUGAAGAGAAUAAGUCUGCAAACACUUGCAAGCUGAAGUUGGUUUUCUGGAAGAGGACGCUUUAUUAUGAGAUGCAUGUUGGGAGAAUGAAUGCUGACUUCCCACAUGAGUCUGUUGUGGUUGAUGUCCCUUUUGACAACAUUGUUGGUCUCUGGGGACGAGACAAGGAAUUUUUGAUAGAAGUCAAUGCUGUUCCAAGGAUGUACGUAGGCCACAGCAGCAAAAAGUCUCUUGAUGUUGAAUUUGGGACACCUGUUGACAUCACUGGAGGAAAAAUAAAGUGUGUGCCUUACCACUGUGUGUACCUCAGCCACACCAGGGAAAACACUGUUAAACAGUAUUUCUGCAAAGAUCCACACUUGCGCAAACUGCUUGUGAAAUCAGUUACUGUCAAUCCUUAUCACACUCUGUAUCAUAAUCCAGAGAUGCCACAUGGUAGUUGGGAGGAAGACAGAAUUCUAAAUGUGAAAGUUAUGGCAUGCAGAUGUAAGGUCAACUGUAUCCAUAGCAAUUGCAAGUGUCGGAGAAAGAAUCAAAAGUGCAACAAAGCAUGUGCUUGUGUUUGCUGUAAAAAUCCACAGAACACUUUGGAUCAAUUGGGUCUGUCCAUGGAAUCCAUAGCAAAUAAAUCUUGCUUGAUGAGCUGUAUCAGUGCAGGGAAGAACUUAAAAAAUCUUCUUAAGAAAGAGGUAACUUUGAAAUGCUGUGACGUACAACUCACACUGCAAAUGUUGACGACUGGAUCAGUCUGCUGCCCUAAAUGUUCAGUGCUUUACAAGUUUUCCUGGUGUAAAGAAGAGCUUUACUGUGAGGAUUUAAAUCCACUGAAGCACUGUGAAGCAUGUGACAGAUGUGUUGAUGCUACUUUUGUACACUGCCAGACCUGCAGGUGCUGUGUCAUGGUAAACAGCAAUGGCGAAUGUCUUCAGUGUUUGUAACAAAAGUCAAAAUGCCAUUGAAACUAUAACCUAGGCAUGGUGGCAUGUUCAUAUACAUGUUUGUCUUUUUGUUGUAUUGCCAACAUGAAAGCUGGAGAAUAUAUGUACUGAGCAGAGCUUUCAGCAAACUGCUAAAUUAUCUAUUAAAUAUCUUCCACACUUAA